CUCAAUUAUUUCCAGGUGUUGUGUUUUUAAAAAAAAUGAUUUUCCCAUCAUGUCUCUUCAUGCUGUAAUCCUAACCAGCUGCAACAGAACACAGGUUUUCAAACAAGCUAGUUCUCAAAAGUUGAUCAAGGAAAUCCACAAGGUAGCUGUUACAGAGUCAACACUUUCAUCAGAUCCUGCAAAGAUUGCCCCACUAAGGACUAGCUGCCUUGCUCAAACACCUCAAAUUUCAGUUCUUCCAGAUGAAUACUCAAGGCCAGCCGUAAUUGGACAUGCAGGGAAUUUUGGAUCAUACCCAGAUAGUACUGCAGCAAUCAAAGACAUUCUUGUGUCCGUUCUAAACGCAUCUGGUUCUAAACCUUCUUCACUGCCAGAGGAAACAGUGUUGCAGAGAGCAGAGCAUCCAGACAGCGAUAUGGAAUGCUGCGAGGAGAGUAGUGAUGGAGAUUAUAAUGAUGACAGUGAUGUUGAUUAUACGCAGUGCAAAAUCGCAUGUACACAAACCGAUAUUAGGUUUACAAGGCACCGGGCAUUUUGGGAUAAUACACAGUGCAGUUCUUCUAAGUCUUCGCUGGAGUUGUCAUCGUGUUCAUCUACUGGUAGAAGUCCCAUCACUUCUUCUCAGAAUAACUUAACCCAUUUGGAACCGUCUCCUCCAAAAUAUGACUGCUUUACCCAGGUGACAUUAGCUGGAGGCACUGUCACAUCACUGAUGAACUCUGUUACUUCAUGUUCAGAAAAAGAACAUACAAAUUAUUCAAGUCCAGUAGAGCAACCUUUGACUCGUAUUACAAUCUGUCCAGAUUCAACUGCUAAUAAGCUGUUGGAACCUACUGUCAGCUAUGAGCCAUUGGAGCCCAGGCCACUCAGGGAUGAGACUAGCAAGACCUUCCGUAACUUUUCCCAACUGGAACCUUCUGAGCAGCAAGUGUCUACAGAUACAACUUCAUCUUUGAACACAAGAACUACUUCCCUGAACUGUCCCUUGCGUGAUAUCUUCAUGCUUCCUGCAGAUGUGGAAAAAGAAAAUGCACACUUCUUUGUUGCAGAUAUGAUCAUUGCAUCUCUGGAAAAAAUGAAGUGCAUUAUCUUCAGUCAUCAGACAGAGUACUGGGGUGCAGAUGAGACUGAUGGAUCAGUAGGCAGCUAUCCAGUGGAUUUGGCGAUGCCAUCUUGCACCAGAGUACACCAAUCUGAUUCUUGUUCUUCAGACAGUGGUUAUGAAGGUGGUGGUGUCCUACAGGUCAACUCAUCUGUAAAUCCAGUUCUGGACUCAGAUGAUGAAUUUGUAAUUAUUGAACUUGAAGACUUGGAAAAUAUUUCAUCAGUCCCAGAUGACAGAUCCUCUCUUGAAUCAGGCUGUUGUUCUGCUGAAGUAACAGCACAGAAGCUUUACAGAUCUUUCAGGAAACGUUGGCUGCAGAUGGAACCUGAAGUUCAGCUGCCUAGGUGCCUGGAUACAACUGGACAAAAAUUUGUGAAUAGAAAAGAUAUUCCAAGGGAAUUGGAGUCCAGUGUGAAUCUGGCAGAAGAAAUCAAGAUCAAAUCCCGAUUAAGAGGAACUACAGACUGGGCUCCCCCUAGAUCUCAAAUUAUAUUUAAUAUUCACCCAUCUGAAAAGAGAGAAGCUGUUGUAGCUGCCCAAAACUUUACUUGCGUUGGUUGUGGAACCCCAAUAGAAUGCAAAUACAUCAGGAGACUCCGCUAUUGUGAUUAUCUAGGGAAGUAUUUCUGUGACUGCUGCCAUACUUAUACACAAUCUUCUAUUCCUGCCCGAAUAUUAAUGAAAUGGGAUUUCAAAAAGUACUAUGUCUGUAACUUCUCCAAGUGUCUCCUUGACAGUAUAUGGCAGAAUCCCUUUUUCGAUGUGGCCUGUAUCAACACAACCCUUUAUACAAAGGCAAAAGAACUGAACAGAGUCAGGGAAAUACAAGAACAGCUUUUGCUUAUGAAAAGGCUAUUGAAGACAUGCAGGUUGGCUGAAAGGGUUCUGAAAGAAUAUGAACAGGUCCCCUGCCACCUGACAGAAGAGUUGCAUCUGUUUUCAAUGGAUGAUCUGGUGAAGGUCAAGCGAGGGCAACUGUUGCCUCUCCUAAGGGACAUUCUAAAAAGCUCCACCUCUCAUAUAGAAAACUGUGAGCUCUGUCAAGCAAAAGGAUUUAUCUGUGAAUUUUGUCAAAGAUCAGAUUUGCUCUUCCCAUUUCAGACUGCCAUAUGUAAAAGAUGUACUGCUUGCAAAGCAUGCUUCCACAAAGAGUGCUUCCAGUCUGAAAAGUGCCCCAAAUGUCUGAGGAUAGCUGCACGGAGGAGGCUGUCAGAAAUUUCAUCACCUGCGCCUUUCUGAUGUGGGAUUACUGUGAAGAUGCUGCAGGCUUCUGAGGAAGCUGGAAACCAAUUCUUAUGAUGUUUGCCUUUAAGUUGGAUAAUGUUGUUCUAAACAUUGCUACCAUUUCAGUCGCAUAACUUUUUAAAAAAAAAAAAAGAGAGAAAAAAGGAAAAAAAAGAGUAAGGUUAAUAUUAUUCUCACUAGGAGAGAUGAGCAUUAGUCUUUUAAACUGACCACAUAAAAAACUGUAUUAAUACCCUUGUUAACAUUUUUGCUGCUAUGUGUUUUUACUGUUUUUUUUCCCUGUAUUUAACAUUUUUUAAUUUUUUAUUUCACAUUUUUAGACCAUUCUACUCUGUUACUUUUGCAUACAAUAUAUAAAAAUAGUAAACAGCAUUGGGAAAUUCUCAAUCUUAUUAGAUUUCUUUUAUUAUAAUAAGAAGUGAUAACAUGUGAGCAACUUUCCCCUUUUAUUGAAAUGCUCUGGUAGAAUGCCUUCAACUUACUAUUUUUAGAAAUAUUACCCUGACAUUUUUUUUUCCAGUUUACAUGCUUGCCAAGAUUAAAAAAAAAAAAUCACUACUCUUAUAAUGCAUGGAAGUGCAAUUCUGUUCCACCCUGCUUGAGUUCCUGAAAAACAGCUAAUGCAGAAGGUCAGUGGAUUUUCUUCCUUGCUACUUUUUUUGUGACUGUCUUAAGGCUAAGAUAGCAGUGUGUUACAAAAGUAGAUUCAUUAAUGGAUUUUCAGGGACUUGAACAGGAUGAAAUAGAAUAACAGUAAGUGUGUAAGACCACUUGGGUACCAAAGUCUUGGCCUCUUGGUCUCCAGGGUGGUACUUUCCAACUUGGGAGAUGCCAGACUGCUUGAUAAGGAGAGGGAAGAGAUGCAGGACUUCGAGGAUGCUGAUGUCUAGAAAUGAAGUAUUGCUAGCUUUUUUUUUUUUUUUUUUAAGUUGUCAGUUUCUGUGAUUGGCUUCAUUUUAGAAGUAGCAUAUGCGUACAGGAGCUUCCAGCAGCUUGCCUGAAUCUGCCAGUGUUUUGUGUGCAUGUCCAGCCAUCAGCUGUUCCUGUGGUAUUUUGGCUCAGCCGUGUCUAAAUGGGUAUCCAUUCUCCUGGGCACUACCCCUGAAGCUUUUACAGAAAGGAUCGUCAGUUAUUGUAGACUUUGACAUAAGUAACGUGGGCCAAAGACACUCUUAUGCUAGAAAUAGGUGCCAUCAAAUGAAGUGGAUCAGCUGUACCACAGUGAGUCAAAACACAGCUGCUCUGCUUUGUUGCACAAGAUGUACACUGCCCCUUGUCCUGCCCUUGAUGAUGGUACAGGACAAGGGGUGAUAUGAGGCAGUUUUGGGUGAGCAGGUCUGGCUGAGA